AGGCGCGGCCUGCUGACGUGGACCUGGCAGCGGGGCCGAGCCCGGCGCCGAGGAGAGCUGCUGCGGCGGCUGUGCUGGCAGAGCUGCGAGCGUGGCGGGAUGGCGGCGCGGCUCGCUUCGCGCGGGGUACACGGGACUGCCGGCCAGCGCCCAUGGCUGCUGCUGGCGCCGCUACUGCUGGCCCCGCUGCUGGCGCGGCCCGCCGAGGCCCUGGUGGAAGGGCUGUACUGCGGCACCCGCGACUGCUACGAGGUGCUGGGCGUGAGCCGCUCGGCCAGCAAGGCGGAGAUCGCGCGGGCCUACCGCCAGCUGGCCCGGCGCUACCACCCCGAUCGCUACCGGCCCGAGCCCGGGGACGGCUCCGGGGGAGCGCCGCCGAGCGCCGAAGCUUUCCUGUUAGUGGCGACCGCCUACGAGACGCUCAAGGAUGAAGAAACACGGAAGGAUUAUGACUACAUGCUGGAUCACCCAGAAGAAUACUAUAGCCAUUACUACCACUACUACAGCAGGCGCCUAGCCCCAAAAGUGGAUGUUAGGGUGGUGAUUUUGGUCAGUGUGUGUGCCAUUUCAAUGUUUCAGUAUUUCAGCUGGUGGAAUAGCUACAAUAAAGCAAUCAGCUACCUGGCCACAGUGCCCAAGUACCGCAUCCAGGCCGCAGAAAUCGCCAAGGAGCAGGGACUGCUCAAAAAAGCCAAAGAAAAAGGGAAAAACAAGAAGUCCAAAGAAGAAAUGCGUGACGAGGAGGAGAGUAUCAUAAAGAACAUUAUAAAGAGCAAGAUUGACAUAAAGGGGGGCUACCAGAAGCCGCAGGUUCGGGACCUCCUCUUGUUUCAAGUCAUCCUCGCCCCCGUUCACCUGUGCUCGUACAUAGCCUGGUAUUGCCGGUGGAUUUAUAACUUUAACAUCAAAGGCAGAGAGUACGGGGAGGAAGAGAGACUUUACAUCAUCCGUAAGUCUAUGAAGAUGUCCCAGUCUCAGUUUGACAGCCUGGAGGAGCAUCAGAAAGAGAUGUUUCUCAAGCGGGAGCUUUGGAUAAAGGAGAAUUACGAGGUCUACAAGCAGGAACAAGAGGAAGAAUUAAAGAAAAAAUUGGCAAAUGACCCUCGGUGGAAACGAUACCGCAGGUGGAUGAAGAAUGAAGGGCCUGGGCGGCUCACCUUUGUGGAUGACUGAAGAUGCUGAGGUGCUGCUGUGCCAAGCCCUAAUGUGACGUCACUUGCAUAGCAGAUAUUUGGGAAAUGUGUCUGCUGCUCUCAGCAGUAACUAACGUUCACAAGUAUAUGAUUAAACAGAAUAAUGUAGAAAUUUCAACUUUCCCUUAAAACUUUAUACACAAGACAUUUAUGAUGGUUCAAUUUUUAUAAUCUAUUUGUGGAUUUUGUUUAAAAAAAGAUUUGACAUGGGGACUUAUUAGUUGCCAUUUAAAAUUUUUAUAUGUUUAGUUAAAUUUGACAUGAAAUUUAUUAGAUACCAUUUAAAACUUGUGUGUGAAGCAUUUCUUCUUUGAGAGCAUUUGCUUAUGUUUCAUAAUGCUACAUUGAGAAUGUCUUUGAGAAUGUCUGCUUACGUUUUCAGAACGCUACACUUCCCUCCUUUCCUGGUCUCUAUUUCUACAAAACAAUGACAGAAUAAUAGCAACAGCACUUGAUCAUAUUAUUGUGUCUUUCUGGACACAGUUUCUCCAGGAGAAUCAUUCAGUACCAUAUUGUCCUUACUGUAGUCCUUACAGGUUUGAGCAUAUUCACGUAUUCUCUAGGAGAGUAUUCUAGAACCUCUGCAGUUCCCGCCCAGUGAUUCUUCUCUUAAUACGAUCAGAAACUCUCCAGGAGAGUGGGUUACAUCAUGUCCUUGUGGGAUGUUCUCAAUUACAGUCUCAUUAUAGGACUAACUGUUUUCUCAAACAUUUCUGCAGAGGGGACCUUGUGAAAAGGUCUUUUAUACCACCAACUUGAUGCUUCCCUUCCUCCAUCCCUCCCUCCCUCUCUUUUCUCUCUUUCCCCUCCCUCCCUCUCUCCCUCCCUGCAUUACUUGUGUGGUUAAACUGUAAUGCACAUGAGGGACUUUAUGUGCACUUGAGCUAGAAAGAAGUCAGGCAUGGCUGUGCUGCUCUUGCCCUCUAGGGUAUAAGUGUGUCUUUAUACUUGUGGAAGUGAAUGUAAACGGCAGAAUGAGUGGGACUCAAACCUGAUACCCUACCAGAGUGCCACAUACACUCGUGACAGUGCUCCUGCUUGAGAUCUACCCUACUGCUUCAUAAUAAUAAGAUGGUGGUGAUACAUCAUGCUGCCUGCUGGGCUAUGUAAAGAUUAACAUACUACUUUUAGAGCAUAUACUUUUAAAAGAUUAGUGUAGCUUAAUGGUAUGAAGGAUUUAUUUCUAAGUGAAGUAAAUUAAUCCUUUUAAAAGCUCAGCCCAGGGACUAAAUAGUUUGGCUGGUAAAGUGCUUCCUUAAAAACAAUGGGGUUUGCACACCCCCACCCCAACACCAUCUCAUGUAAAAUAUACCAGACAAUGGUGCCAUGCUCAAAUAGAACCUGUCUCAAAAAGAAGGUGGAGAGCACCUGAAAAUGAAAAGCAAGCCUGUCCUCUGGCCCUCACAUACACCCACACACUUGUGUAUCUGCGUACACACAGGCACACAAAGCUCAGACCAUAUUACAUGCGUGAGUCCAUCCUUGCCAAUUAGCCAAAAGACUUAAAGUCAGUUAUUUUAAUGUGAAUGAAUAAUUUCAAGUGCUAAUUACAAGAGUAGAAUUUUAGUUGGAAAUGUUUGUGUGUUCGUUAUUCUUUAGGGCUAUGGAGAAUCAUGGAGUUGGCACCUGUUGCUCAUUAUUAUCUAACAACAAAUUUAUGUCAUAAGGACCAGAAAGAAAUACCAGUACUAGUGUAUCUCACCAUUUUCCAAACGUCUCUGGUGGCCUGUAUUUCUCUAGAUUCAUUUCUGCUACUCUUGACAAACACCAUGACAGAAAGCAGUAGAGAGUGGGAAAGGGGUUCUGUGGCUUAGAGUUACAGGUUACAGUCCAUCAUUCUGGUGAAAGACUAAAACUUAAAACAGCUCAUUGUGUACCCAUAAGAGCAAGGAAUGAAUACAUGUAUCUUUGCCUGUCAUGUAGUUCAGCAUUUGCUUGCUAAGGAAUGGUGCUGCCUGCAGUUGCCUGGGGCUUCCUACAUCACUUAAUUACCAGACGAUCUCCAGACAUCUCCAGACAUACCCACAGGCCAGCCUCAGUGAGGCUCUGUUCACAGUUAAUUUGAAGUCAUCGGGUUGACAGUAGAGGCUGACUAGCAUACCUCUUUGUAAGGAGAAGAGAAAGAUGUUCAGCCAAUGAGGACUGUGUAUCUUUGGAUAUUCUUUUGUCUGUCUUUUUUUAUUUCUGUAUUCUAUUUCUAGAAUUGUCCACUGAAGGCUGCUUAUGUGGGAACUUGGGCACAGUCAUUGCAUGAAUCAAGGUGGACUCUUGUAGAAAGAUGGUGGGUUUUCCUCUUCCCUCUGUUCACUGUGCUUCAAAUUCUCAGGAAAAAAAGGAAGGCCAUUGCUUGCAAUAAUCAUUGUACUUCACUGCACUCAUUUUAGAGAUACCCAAGAGGGCUCAAGGCCCUUACAGCCCUGUUAGUGUGGGGAGGAGGGCAGCCUGCCAGAGCAUGGCUGGUCAUUGCUGCUUAUUUCUCAUCGGUUUGUGUAACUGAAGUCUUCAAAAUUACCCUGUGGGUUUUAUUCAUAUAAAUGCCUUCCUUGUGAUCUGC